AUGUUCCUCCUUCCCCUCCGCCCGCUUUGCUGCAAAGCACAGCGUCUCGGUCCAUUCCACCUCUUCCGAUCCGUCUCGACCUCGGUCUCGAACUCUGUGUCGAUGCCAUCCGGCAGCAAUUCCUUGCGCGACCUGUCGCAAUGGAGCAUCGCCGAGCUGCAGCGCGAGACAAAGCGGUACGGCUUCAAGCCCUCAAAGUCGCGGCCCGUCCUCCUCGAACAGCUCCGCGCCGUCUACAUGGCGCUCGGCACGGACCAGGAGGGCGGUGGCGAUGUCGGCUUCGUACCGCCCGACAUCCACGACAGUUUUGCGGAUGAAGAGGUGCAGCGGGUGGAACAGGACGAUGGCGUGGCGGCAUUGGCGACCGGGAAGUCAAAGGGGAAGGCCAAGGCAAAGGGGAGGAAGAGCGACCCAAUCGACCUCUCGGAUCUAGAAUCGCCCCCAGCGAGAAGAAGGAGGCUGGUCGACUCCUGCAUAGGCGGCCGCGGUCUGCUCAAUGCGGUCGAGGAGCAAGGCGGACAAGAGGUCGAAGAAGAGGGCGACCUCACCAGACAGCUCCGUCUCGAGGCGGCCUCGACGUCUUCAUCAGUCUCGUCCGACGACGUCCCGCUCUCCACCCUGUUCCCAAUACCCUCUACAUCAUCACCCUCAUCCUCCCCUCUCAAACGCGAUGCCAAGACCAAGCCCAAGUCCAAAUCGUCCAAGGCAGCCGCGGCCACCACAGCUUCGGGUCAAUCGCUGCCCUACCACGAGUUCGCAGCCUGCAUACGCAGCGACGAGCAGCUCUACGACCGCAUCCUUCGGUACGAGCCCAUCCCGCUCGACGAGGUCGUCAGCAUCCUCGCAAAGUCGGCCAUCCACAUCGACACGGGCAGGAAAAAGGAACUGCUCAAGGUCUGGCUCGACCGGCAGUCGAUCUGCUUCUACUCCGAGGAGCUCACGGGCAGGAGGAGAGCCAGGCAUUGA